AGGAGGAGUAGUGGAACGAUGAUGAUGAUGACGGCCAAUCUAAAUUUUGUUCUAUUGAAAAUAAAUGACACAGAUAUUUGCCAACUGCAACAGGAGCAGAGAGACUUUGCGGCACUGAGUCGACUAUUCACGGAGAACGCAGAUGAAAAUGUUAUUUUGCAAUUAAAACGCAAAGCGGACUAUUGGAACAAUAAGUCGACGCCAGUCGGUGACAACGAAGAGACGGAGAUAAGUAAAAGAAUUUGCUAUCUGAAGUUACAAUCGAAUGCCAGCAGUGAUGAAUCGCCUGCAACAAAUGUUGAGGGGGCAGCACGAACACCUUCGAAAAAUACUAAUGCAAAUCAGGAUGAAUCGUCGACGGGGCAGAGGCCACCAAUGGAAAUUAUAGUGAAUUUAUAUCUACCAACUACGGAAUCGGACGAAGUAUGUGGCCAAUCAAAGUCGACCCAAACCGAUGACAUGGCCUACUAUGUCCAUGAACAAUUACGUAACAUCCAAAAGGACACAGAACGCCUCAUAGAAGAGGAACAUAAUUUGUUUGAGCAAAGUUUGGCGCCGGAAAUAGACAUCGAGGAAAUUACGUUGCGCAAGACCCACAGCCAUGAACGGUUGGGACUUACGGUUUGCUACAGCAACGGCGAAGAGUAUGGAGAAAGUGGAGUGGACGGUGGUGCAGGAAGUGGUGGUAGUGGCAAUGAAGUAUAUGGAGUAGGACCUAGUGUCACUGAAGUGUAUAUAAGUGACAUACACGCUGAUAGUGUCGCCGGUCGAGAUGGCCGUCUGCGACAGGGUGACCAGAUUCUGCAAAUAAAUGGCAAAGACAUAACCACCCGAGAAGAAACGGAAACAUUAAUAGCGGAGAACAACAAUGCCGUGACACUGUUAGUCAGUCGGUAUUUGUAUGGGGAAGAUGAUUUCAAUGACCCAUCUACGAAUGAGGAUGACGACGAGGUAUUGGUUGUGGAGGAUGAUAUAGAUGAUGACGAUGAGGAGUAUUACGAUGAGAAUAAUAUGACAUAUGUCAACUGUAUGACCAGUAACGAUUGCUGCCUUAACAAUGUGGAUGAUUUCGACAAGGCUUUAAUGUCCCAGGUGGAGCAACAACAGCAGCAGGAGCCAAUCGGUGAUGCGGUGAUGGAUACAACUGCCACUAACAUGACUAAAGAAAAACCUAAAAACACCAAAAUCGAUAAGAAAGCCACUAGUGUUUCGAGACACAACAGCAACACAACAAAUCUCACAGCCACUGCCACAACUGUAGUUUCAAAUAUGGACACUGCCACGAAAUCUAUAUCGUCUUCGACGCGUAACGCAGCCGAAAACAAAACAAGUGAUUAUUAUGAAUCCGAACACAUCUACGAAACUAUUCCCGAAGAUCCCGAAUCCGAACCGUUUUACUGCUCGCCCUAUGACAGCUCGGUGUAUGUCACUGCCAUAGCCUCAUGUUCCUCCUCAACCGUGACCGAUGCCUUGCAACAUCAAAUGCAACAACAUAAGCAGCGUGUGGUCCAAUGGUUGGGCAUUAAUCCCUCCCAUGGUAUUUGUCAUACAGCACUGCCGCGGCACACGGUACGCAACACCAGUGGUGGUGGACGGAGUUUAAGAAGCCGCCAUAAAAUUAGUUCAAUGGGUACAAUGCGCAGCACAUUGACCUCGCUUACUAAUGGAUCGUCGUUGGAUGGAGGUAUUGGUUCCGCAAUGACAUUACCAGCUUCUCAAGUUGAUGAUCAGGACAAUUCGUCAAGUGCAUACAAUACCGGUGGCUCCAAUAACAGUGUAUCUCCCCAUUCUGUAGUGUUGACCAGCAAACUUCGUGGCCCUGAAACUUACACUAAUACAACAGGUGGUGGCGGAAUAUCAUCGUUGGCUGGAACCUCAUCUACAGAUGAUGUUCUGGCAAUGCAACAAAUAUUAAUGCAACAGCACAAGCUAGCCAGCCAACACAAGGUGUUGUCACCACAAGGAAAAAAUAAAAUAACAAGUCCAAAAAGUGCCAACAAACUUCCUUUGGUAGACCAAAACAUUGGCAUAAGUGGCAAACCCACUGGUGGUGGUGGUGUUGGCAUUAUGUAUAAUAACAAUGACACAGUCAAUAUGCAACGAAGUACAAUGAUGCAACAGCAUUUAAUCAAACAAACACCAUUGAACCUGGAUAAGAUGACUGCUGCUACUCCUCAGCAAUUGUCAUAUUAUCAACAUCAAUUGGCAGCGAAUAGUAGUGAUCAGGUGCACUGUCCUCAGUUUACGGCGCCCAAUUUAAGUCAAUACCACUUCGUUAGCAGUCAAGAGGUAAACAAUUUAUCGCUUAACAAUAAGAUACCAAAGUCUUCCCCCACAGUAGCUGAAACCACAACGGCUAAUGGCAACGGCAAUAAUGUGAAAAAAGAUGGCGAAGAAGAAGCCAUGGUGUGGAAAGUCAAACGACGACCUGACGGCACACGUUAUAUAGUAAGGCGUCCGGCCAAAACUCGUGUCAUCAAAGAACGUAACGUUCGCCUCAAUGUGGAACGUUUGAGGGAUGAUGUUACAACGACAGAAGAUGAUACAAUGUCUGAAAUAAAGACGGGUCGUUAUUGGACAAGAGAAGAGCGUAAGAAACACAUUGAAAAGGCCAAAGAACGCCGCCAACAGCAACAGUUGCAAUAUCAGCAACAAUUGCAACAGCAGCAACAACAAAUGAAUAAAACACAAGACGUCACAGCUACAGCACCAGAAAAUCAAGCUCAUUUCUUAAGCUUUUCCCGUCAAAAAUAUCGUCAACAUUAUCAGUUGCAAUUUAAUACGGCCCAAGCGGAAGCGGCGGCCCAAAAACAUAAAUCAUCUCUUAAUUAUUCUUCACAACCUUCCAAUAUGUUGCAUGAAGAUAGUGCCACUGGUGUCGGUGGGGGUGGUGGUGUUGCUGCAACUGCAGCAGGCAUAGAACAAACUGAUCUUGUUACCACCAAUAUGUCAGCAACAGUGGCCGUAAAUUCUGCAAUAUCUACAGAUCGCAAUAAUCUUAAUAGCAAUAUGAUAUCCGUCACAACUGUAUAA